AUGGGCUGUUGUCCAUCUUCAAAACCAAAAGAACUAACUAUCAACAGUUCAGCUCCACCCACAUCUCGCAGCAUUGGUGAUAUAAAAAUUCAUCCAGGAACUUUUGUGAAGCCUCAUGGGAUUCCUUUCAAACAGCUUUACAUGUUAGGAAACCUUAUUGGAAAAGGCAGCUUCGGAGAAGUGAGGCGCUGCACACAUAGACUUUCAGGGCUAUUAAGAGCAGUAAAAAUAUAUCAAAAAGAAGGUUUUGGAUCUGAAAUUGACCAAGAAGGCAGCAUGAACCGAGAAAUGGAAAUCCUGAAGCUCCUGGAUCAUCCAAAUAUUAUAAGAAUCUAUGAUUUCUUUGAAGAUGAAGAAAACUAUUAUUUAGUCAUGGAAUACUGUGAAGGAGGAGAACUAUUCAGCAAAAUUGCGAAAUUGUCAAGGUUUAGUGAAGCACAGGCUGCAGAAAUAAUGAGGCAGCUGCUAUCUGUGGUAGCGUUUUGUCAUAACUUGAGGAUUGCACAUAGAGAUUUGAAGCCUGAAAAUAUCAUGAUAGAAGAAAGGGGGCAGAGCUUUAAUAUGAAAAUAGGCGAUUUUGGGACUGCUGUCAAGAUAGGGGAAGGGGAAGAGCUUGAAGGUAUUGUAGGGACUGUUUUUUAUAUGGCACCUGAAGUAUUGACUGGGAAGUAUAAUGAAAAAUGUGAUAUAUGAAGCUGCGGAGUAAUUAUGUAUAUAUUGCUUACUGGAAAACCACCCUUUCCAGGGAAAACUGAUGAUGAAAUUAUAGAGAGAAUUAAAAUUGGGGAAUACAACACUGAUUUACCAAUUUUCCAAGAAAUAUCUCCUGAAGCCCUAGACCUGAUAAGAAAAAUGUUGGUCCCACAGCCUGAAAGAAUUUCUGCAAGCCAAGCUAUAAGCCAUCCAUGAAUCACCAAGCAUAUAAACUAUGAGACAGUAAACAAAGUAGCCCUAGACCAAGUCAUAGAAAAUUUAAAAGAAUUUUCAAACACCCUCAAGCUAAGAGACACAAUCAUGUCUUUUAUUGCCGCACAAAUCGUCAACAACCGAGAUUUCAAAGAAAUCCGACAAAUUUUUUCGUUAAUCGACAAAGAUGGGGAUGGGAAAAUAGGUCGCGAAGACCUUGUAGAGCAGCUACAAACUCAGAUGACCCAUGAUAUGGCUGAAUGUGAAGUAGAUAAAAUAAUAAGCCAAGUAGAUGCUGAUAUGGAUGGGUAUAUUCAAUAUACAGAAUAUCUUAAAGCGUCAAUUGAUAAAAAUAUUCUGUUAUCAAGGGCAAAUCUAUAUAUGGCUUUUUCAAUUUUUGAUAUUGAUAAGAAUGGGAUGCUUUCUGUAGAGGAACUUAUGAAUUGACUUGCUGGGAGUGAAAGCCAAGAUAUUGAGACUUGACAAGAGCUGGUAAAAGAAGCAGAUCAAAAUGGAGAUGGGCAAAUUGAUUUGGGAGAGUUCACAGAUUUUCUUCUUGAUAAAAUUUAA